UAGCGCGCCCGUUGGCACGGGAAAGAUUGAAAGUGACACACAGAUUGUUUUGCGCGAAAUUGUGACUGUUAUAUCGAGAUUUCUUUAGUUAACACCUUCUCUUUGUCGCAGACAUUGUGAUUUCGGUCUGUUUUUCUUUUGCUUGAGCAACUUGGUUGUUUUGCCUGUUGUUCACUUGAACAUUUUCCUUAUGAUGCGUUUUGCGUUUUCCUUGUUCCCGCCGGUGAAGAAGCCACGAGUUCAGAAGAGGACCGAUUUGUGGCUCGGCCGUGUCUAACCGGGGACGACAGGACACAACGUGCGAUCAAACGACCCAACUGGCCGGUUGACACGUUUCUCUGCGCCGCGAGACGCAGCGGCUCGAACUCCAACACGAUCCCCGCGCACUCAGCAAGCAAACCUCGACGCACUGGUCUCGAGCGAAAGAGACACACUCUCUCUCUCUUUCUCUUUUUCUCUCUCUCGCUCUGAGGCGAACACCACUCUCAUCACCACUCUCACACAGACAAUAAACCAACGCACAUUGUCUACCUUUGUCUCCCAUCUCUCUCAUUUCUCUCGGACUCGCUCACAUCCAGCGCUUGGGGCACGAAGUAGUGUCCAGCAGCACAGACUCCAGCCGAUCUCUGCCGGUCGUGGACCCGACGCAGCCCAGCCCUGGAUUCAAUCAUUUUAAUCAAUGGACAGAGCCUCCUCAACGGCCAGCAGAGGUACAGACACCCCAUAAACAGCCCUUACCCUCUGGCAGUAGCCCCACCUGGUGGUUGGAGGGGGAUGGAGCGUGGUGGCGGGGAGAGCCCCCGCAUGCAGGACAGUCCUGAGCGGGAGCGGCGGGGGGGCAGCCCGGACCUCAGUGGACCCCCGCCAGGGAAGAUGGGGCGUUUGGAGCUCAACGGGAGCCCCACUGGGCCACGCCUCCUACGCCACAACGGCCACCCACACAGACCUUUGGGAGGUCUGAUGAUCCCAGUGUUCUGUGUGGUCGAGCAGGCAGGGCCUGACGGAGGGAUGCAGCGUGAACGAGAGCGUGAAGAGGUGGAGAGGAAGGAGGGACACAGAGAGGAGCAUGCUGAGUUUGUCCUGGUCAGGAAGGAUAUCCUCUUCAACCAGCUUGUGGAGACAGCCCUGCUGGCCCUGGGGUACUCCCACAGCUCAGCAGCUCAGGCCCAUGGCAUCAUCAAGGUGGGUCGUUGGAACCCUCUGCCCAUCCACUUCCUAUCAGAUGCUCCUGAAGCCACGGUGGCUGAUAUGUUGCUGGACGUCUAUCACAUGGUCACCCUCCGCAUUCAGCUACAGAGCUUUGCCAAGCUGGAGGACCUUCCGUCAGAGCAGUGGAACCACGCCACGGUGAGGAACGCCCUCAAGGAGCUUCUCAAGGAGAUGAACCAAAGCACACUGGCCAAGGAGUGCCCCCUCUCACAGAGUAUGAUUUCCUCAAUAGUAAACAGCUCCUACUAUGCCAAUGUCUCCACUGCCAAAUGCCAGGAAUUUGGACGCUGGUACAAGAAGUACAAGAAAAUCAAAGGAGAUUAUCUGGAGAAGAUGUGGCCAGGAAGAGAUCAUUCAGAAAUCAAAGUGGAGAGAGACAGCCUGGCAGACUUCUGUGUCAUGGGCCAGCGUCCCCCUCCCCACCUGGCCAGCCUGACCCAGCUCAGCCACCUUGGAGGGGGUGGAGGUACCCUCCUCAAGGGUGGAUCUGGAGACCCCCACAACCCCUCCCAACAACAACCCCAACAACAACCCCAACAACAACACCCCCCCCCGCCCCACGGCCAGCUCCACCACAGCCCCCCUCUGCGUGGCCAGGUCCCCCCUCCAGCCUCCCUUCAGCCUCUCCUCGGCCCAGGCGGGCUUCUCUCCCCCCAGCUUAGCCCUCAGCUUGUCCGACAGCAGCUAGCCAUGGCUCACCUCAUCAACCAGCAGCUCGCUGUUAACCGCCUGCUAGCCCACCAGCACCCACAGGCCCUCAACCAGCAGUUCCUCAACCACCCUCCCAUCCCUCGGCCCUCCAAGGCAGGGGGCCUUGGGGACCCCGGGAACAACCCAUCUGCUGCGGAAGUCUCCACUGAUAUCUACCAGCACGUCAGGGACGAACUGAAGAGAGCCAGCGUCUCACAGGCUGUGUUCGCUCGCGUGGCCUUCAACAGAACACAGGGCCUGCUGUCGGAGAUCCUGCGGAAGGAGGAGGACCCCCGCUCUGCCUCUCAGUCCCUGCUGGUCAACCUCAAAGCCAUGCAGAACUUCCUCAACCUCCCUGAGGGGGAGAGAGACCGUAUUUACCAGGAGGAGCGUGAGCGCAGCAUGAAUCCCCCUGUCGGCCUGCCCCCUACCCCUAGCUCCAGCCCCGGGGGCCCCCGCCUCUCACAGGACGUGUUUAGACCGGCCAUCACUAACCAUGUCCCAUGCCACCUCAUGCAGAAGGUGUGGGAGAGAGGUCUGGACGAACAGCUCACUCCUGAUGCCUGGGCUUCUAUCUGGAAGAAUAAGACCAAAAUCUCCAACUCGCCCAAGCCGCCAUGCCUCAACCCAGACCUGCCCCUGAAGCUGGAGUCUCUGGUCAACAUCACGUCAGGUAUCUAUGAUGAGAUCCAGCAGGAGAUGAAGAGGGCCAAGGUGUCUCAGGCGCUGUUCGCCAAGGUGGCUGCCAACAAGAGCCAGGGCUGGCUGUGUGAGUUGCUGCGGUGGAAGGAGAACCCUAGCCCAGAGAACCGUACUCUGUGGGAGAACCUGUGUACCAUCCGGAGGUUCCUGACCCUGCUCCAGACAGACAGAGACCUGGUGUAUGAAGAGGAAUCCAGGCACCACCACAGUGAGAGGCUGCAUACUGUACUACACCUGCCCCAAGAACCACAGCUGUACCUGCUUUCUCACCAGGCACUGCACAGACAACCCCCACAACCCCUGAAGGACCACUCCCCGAUGCGCGAGGACCCCAUGCCCCUCCAGGGUAAUGAUGAAGAGUCCCAGAAUGUUGAAAGAGUCAGUUCAGGAGUCGGUGGUGGCGUGGUCAUUAAGAAGCCUCGGUCGCGCACUAAGAUCUCACUAGAAGCUCUGGGCAUCCUGCAGAGCUUCAUCCAGGAUGUGGGUCUUUAUCCGGACCAAGAGGCCAUCCACACUCUGUCAGCCCAACUGGACCUGCCCAAGCACACCAUCAUCAAGUUUUUCCAGAACCAGCGUUACCACGUCAAGCAUCACGGCCGGCUGAAGGAGCUGGGGGAGGGGGCCGGUGGUGUGGACGUCAGCGAAUACAGAGACGAGGAGCUCCUCUCCAGCUCAGAGGACCCUGAGUCCAGCGAAGACGGUCAUGAGGAGAUGUACCCCACUACAGAGAGGGAAAGAAGGGGAAGCAACCCAGCAGGGUCAGCCCCUGCCCUGGCACCAGCCCAGCCUUCAGGGACCAGCAUGGGGGCCAUGGAAGAGGGCAAGGACAAGGGGCAUUCUCAUGGUCUGAGUGGGGGCCGAGCCAGCUCCCUGCCCCCUGGUAGCUCCUCAUCCAGCCCCAGAGAGCAGGCUGACUUCCAGAGAUAGAGACCCAGAGACCAGAGGAGAUGCAGAAAGAGAGUGAGAGCGAGACCCAGACAGACAGACAGACAGACAGACAGACAGACAGACAGACAGACAGACAGACAGACAGACAGACAGACAGACAGACAAACAGACAGACAGACAGACAGACAGACAGGGGAAGAGAGGGAAGAGAACGGGAACUAAAGACUGGUAGAAGGGAAGAAGGGCAUCGAUGAGACAAUGACACACUGAUACACACACACACACACACACACACACACACACACACACACACACACACACACACACACACACACACACACACACACACACACACACACACACACACACACACACACACACACACACACACACACACACACACAUAUAUAUAUAUACACAGAAAUACAGACGUAUGGGGUCCAAAGGAGGCUUCAUCAAAGUGAAAAUACAAUAUGUUACCUCAGCAACAUGAAGCAGGGAAAUGCCAUGAAACAGCUGUCAUGUGUUACAGUUAGAAUAGCCUGUUCAGUAAUGUUGGGCCACUAGACAGAGAGAAAAACAAACAUACACACACAUCUCACCCCUGGCCACAACAGGAACUUGCCACAUCAACACCACUUUUGAAUUGAGCCAAUUCCAAAACUCAGCUUCACCCAAGAGGGCGGGCUCUCAUAUGCUCUGUCCAAUGACUGCUCUCUCUAAUGUCUCAACCACACCCAUAUAGAGAACAUUUGUCCUUAUUUCGAUGUUGGGUCUUGGGUCAGGCCCCUAACUGACACUCAUAGACUGAAUACUGGGGGCCUGCUCAGACCUCUACUAUCCCAUUGUCCCUUGGCUCCAUAUGCAGACUCCAGAUCUACAGCUCAUCACUAGCUGGCUAAGGAGUUUUUAGGGUGGCUGUGGCUUUCCAUCACCUCCUCCCCCUCUCCACCCCUCCAUGACAGGACUCCUCUAGUCUUUGGUGUUUGACAGUGGUGGCAGUUUGUGUGGGUGGGUGGCUGCAUGGCAGGUGGGUUUUGGGUGGAGGUAAGAACAGUGGUAUGGGAGAAUUCACCAAUGAUAAACAAAUAUGGUUUGUCAAAGUCCACAAUUGAGCUUUAUGAUAUUUUUAAAGUUGGAAUCGCCACUCCCAACCAACUCUUGUCGCCAUCCCUCAAUGGAGCAACCACACCCUACCUAACUCCCUACCCCCUACAUCAAAUAUGGAUUAUUCUCAUCUCUCCAGCACAGUCUCUCCCUAUCUCCGCCAGUCAUGCCUCAGCCCAGUCUCUCCCUAUCUCCGCCAGUCAUGCUUCAGCCCAGUUUCUCCCUAUCUCCACCAGUCAUGCCUCAGCCCAGUCUCUCCCUCUUUACUGCUUUGUGGGUACUGUGGUUUACAAGGACACUAGUAGGUAAACCUAUUGUGGUUUAUGCGGACAUAAGAGAGACAGAGGACAGCCUUGUGAGGACAUGAAGACCCAGCGGUGUGAAAGGACACUCAGGGCUACAGUUACUCUGGACUGUACCCCUGCCUACCCACCCUCGACCUAUGUGGAGAGAAACAGGGAGGGACACAACAGAACGGAGAUUCAGCAACCAAACAAUCAGUCACUUUAUGUGCGGUAGCCCACCACUUCACUCUUCCUCUCUCUUUCCCCAUCCCUCGUUCCUUCCCUCUUUCUCUCUCUCUAUAAUUGGUGCCUACAGUGUGCCGUUCCACCACACCUACCCGCACUUAACUCCUCCACCCUAUUUAUUGCUAUCUUUAUCCAUGAUUAUUAUUAUCAUUAUUGUUAUUAUUGUUGUUAUUACGGUUGUUAUUGCUGUCAUCGCUGUUUAUUUUUGGUUCUAUUUUCAUGGCUUUAAUAUUGGCUUUCCGAGCACCGUGGUUGUUUUGGUAACGAGAGACGUUUUUGAGACAUGAGAAACACACACUGCCAAAAUGUCCUGUUAUGUAAACUUCAAUGAAUAUUUCCAAAGAAAGAAAGACUUGGGCAGAAACGGGAGUCAAAUCCAAAAAUGAAAUGAAACAACGAAUAAACUGUGCUUUUGCUGCA